ACUCAUUUUGAAAAUUGUCUAACAAGUAUUCGCCAAUUAAAAGAUUUUCUAGUAACGCUUGGUGGAAAUAGUGUUAUCGUUAGUCUGAAACCAUUUAACCAGGGUGCUUCUGUAGAAAUUCAUUUUAGUUUUACACCUUAAUUCUUUGUUUUAGCUUAAAAUAGUCAAAACAAAAAAAGGUCUGAGGAACACUAAAGAAAAAAAAAUAAUAGUUUCAAUUUAUAGCAAUCUGUCUCCUUUUAUCACAAGAAGCACAAGCAAAAAAAUGUAAAAUAAAAUAGUUUAUGAUUAAUAGACAUUCUUUUUUGAGGAGAGGACAUUUUUCAACAAUGGCUCAUAAUCAGUUGGCGGGUUGGUUUUCCUUUUUCUAUUUGCGAUGUCUAACACCUUCUCUCGUUGCUCAAUUUGCAACAAACAAUACAUAGCAAAACGUACCCAAAAAUCAAUCGACUAAGCUGACUUUGACUAUGCUAUGAGUGACUUUGUGUAUAAUAAAUAAUCGAAACAAUAUGUGAUGCUGACGAAGAUCAGACGACCCACCAUUAAAACAACACUAGACAGCGCCAGUCUAUCCCCAUCUUAAAACUCUUUUUAUUGUUUCGUACGCAUUGAUUCCAUUUCGAUGCUGUUUUCUUCCCUGGCCUAGGUUCGCUUUGACGCUAUAACGAAGUUCCUUCGGGUGUUUCUGGGGUUCUGUUAUGGUGAACGCGGCGAAGAAUCUACGGUGCCAAACUAUGGUUGCGUUGGUCGCAACAGCCAUUUUAUUGUGCUGCGCUCUCCUGUAUUGUUCCCUUUAUUUUGCCAAUCAUCAAUCAUCACUAAACGUCCGAUCAGAAGCAGUUUUAUGGCACCGUUGGGUGGGCUUGCCUGCCCCAAACUCCGUGGUUCGGGGUUCUAUUUUCUCAUUUACUUAACGCACGUAUUGGUUUGUUUAUGAUCGUCUAGGGAUCGUACAGGUGUAUGUGCCACCCCAUCAGCUCAAAGCCCAUUUGCUAGGCCCAAUGAAUCUGCCUACCUAUUUUCUCCCCUUUUUUGGUGCUGUUGUUGCAUUGCCUUUUUGGGGAAGGUAAAGAUAAUGAUGUUUUAUCACCAUCUUCCUCUCCCAGAGGGUCGAACAGAAUGGACUGCAACACGAACCACGAACAAUCUUCAGUUCAUUUGUGCACAUAUUUAGAGUGUGUCUCUAUCUGUGUGAUCGGGUACGAUAAGAAACGUCACUACCGGGAUGAGGGAAACAGAAGCAGCCCUUUUUUCAACGCAUCCCCCCAAAACAAACUCACCCUCCAGCUACGAUCCCCCGAAGUCCUAAAGGGAUGAGAAGUUAUUCCACAGUGUGUAUGUGUGGGGGUUUGAGCUUUUUUUUUUCUCUCAUUCAACGGCCCAUUCAAGUGGGCCGAGCAAUUGAGUGAAGGACACUGUGUUUGUGGAACCGGUGGAACACAGCAAAAAUGAUGAAAUUGUCAUUGGCUUCGCGAUGGUUUGGAUUGGCCCAGUGAGUUUUUGGUUCGGGUUGAUGGCACACCGAAGUGGUGGUGCCACUGAGGGCGAACCAACCUGGGCGUUACCGGAUGCGGAACACACUUGCGAGAGUGAGACACGAAUGGAACCGGGAUUGGAGAUAGGGGAGGGAUUGGGGUCGGUACGGCACUCAAAACCAUCAAACAGUCAGCAUAAGUAGCUGCCGGUGAAUGAUGUGCACACUUUGGCCAACGCUCGUCGGAAUGGCAUGCGAAAGGGGUAAGAGGGAACGUUUUGUUGCUUGGUUUCGUGUGUAAGCGCCCUUUUCUGCAUCAUUGUGAUAGUUGCUUUUGAUUUUGUUCUCCUCUUCCUAUUUUUUGUUUGGCUCUUCACUUUUAGCUAGUUGGAAAGAUGCUUUACGUUACACGCAUACAUAAUAAUUUUUAGUUUUCGUAUGAUUUUUGUUAGCAAUAUACUUUCUUGUCCUAAAAAAAUAAUAACUAAAAAAUAAUAUAACUCUAAACUUGCUUAUCCUAAACAAAUUUUAUCGCGCGGAGAUGAUGGAGGCGCCUGGUUAAUUAUUCCAUCAAGCGAUACUUGCUUAUCAUAAAAAAAUUAGUAGCUUUAAACUUAUCUUAACUGAGUGACUCAGUUAAUCAAUUGAUAACAGCCAGAGCUAGAUAUUUUUUAAGCAUUAUUUAUUAAAAUACUUUUUGGUUACAGAAAAUUACAUUAUGUUUUUAUAUUAUGGGAAGUUUAUACUAUUGAAUAGAAAUCAUCCACUAAACUAAAAAAAAAUUAAACUAAUUUAAACAAUAUGUAUAAACUUUGAAGGAAUAGUAUAACCACAAAAAUGAAUGUGAAAAUACGGGAAAAUACUAAUCAGAGUGACUCAUCCGCUAGUGUGAAUGUUACUAGGCUUGAAACAACUAGCUUCUAGCAUACAAAUAGGAGUUAUUCAAUUAUUUUAAAACAUAAGUUAAACCAACGCAACGCCAUUGACAGGCGACAUGCCCAUUUUCGAAGCUGCUGAACACCUUUUCACCUGUGUGCCGGUGCGAUUCAAAGAUCAAUCAUCCCAAAAACCACCAGCCAAACCAGCAAAAUCCGUAACCGGGUUAGGUUAACCGGUAAUGCCGUACCCAAAAACCCAUUUGUAACGUGUGCGUAUUACGUAAUGUGCUGAUUGAAGGCGUUUAGUUGUUGUUGUUUUUCUUUCUUUCCAUUUUCUCAUUCAUUCGUGCCAUUCGUGUCUGUACGGCGUACGAUAAGCGGAGCCUGACUAAGUGUGUGUGUGUGUGUUGUGCCCUGAACCGUGGGCACUAAACUAGUGCCAGAAUGUUGAGCCGCCCUGCGAAGGAAGAUAUCGUUUGUGUGAGAAGCCAAAAAUUUACAGAAUCAUCGCUUAGUGUCAACGGUACACACGGUGGUUGUGUUUAUCAUUGGGUGGCGAGAAAAAAAGGGAACGCUGGUGGUAGUGUCUAUCAUCUAUUAAGCGAAGAAGCGACCGCCAGGGGAAGUGGUGAGCAUUCAAGUGUAACAAAGAAAGACAAUAAGUCAUUCUGGUGGGGACUAUGACAGUGGGAGAAACGCGUCCUAAGCGCACUGGAGAUACUACGUAGCGACGCUUACCAUCGGUCGCGUAGAUGAUGGAGGCGCCUGGUUAAUUAUUCCGUCAAACGAGAUUGAAGUGAAUCCGUGCGAAGCGAGACCAAUGCCUCUCGGAGGCUGAUGGAUGUAUGAUCGCCUCCAUCAAAUCCUCCAUCCCAACCUCCUUUCCUGCGUCCCAACCGUAUGGGACUGAGCUGAGCUUGAUAAAUGAUGUUCCCUUCCCGAACUGUGGCUUUGCCGGGGGUGAAACGAAGGGGAAAUUGUGGGGAAAAGCGGGACAGGGUGUUAUAGAGUUUUGGGAUGUGCUUUUUCUUGCUGCUAGAGAUAAAUACGAUACAAUUUUUUUGUUUUUGGUUAGCUCUAUCCCAAGAAAAUAGUGUUAGAGUACGGCGCAGAUGGGUAAUAGCGCUUACAGUUUUUUUUUUCGGUACCAGACAUUACCACACAAUCUAUUUCAGAUAUCCUUUCCUAGUAUAUAGAACAACUCAAUUUCAAGCUGUUGAAAUCCAUGGUGACAAAUUGUAAAUGUUAUUUUUUUCAUCUCACUUUUUUUUGUUGAAGAAUACAGUACCACCCCAGGCAGGAUUCUUUUACUUUAAUAUCCUCCUCCGUUCUUAUAUGUAUUGCUCCCGCUGCCCAGGAGCCCCAUGGUGCAAUUUAAAAUUAAUGUUACGUACGAUGGAAAACGGCCGAUACAGACACGGUCUAAAGGGGAACUCCAUGGGCCAAUUAAUCAUGUCACAACGGACCAUCAUCAAUAUCCGAAGGGUUUGAUAUCCAGAAAACUCAAGGCAAGAAUUUGUACAACCCAUCACAGGAUGUGUCGAGGUGACGCAUUUCACCAUGUGUGGAUCUAGGGAAAAGGGGUUUGUAAAAGAUGUACACGUAAAUACGUUGGCAUUGGCCACCAGCGUAAAUACAAUGAGGUUGUCGUACACCCGAACCGGGACAAAGUGAUGAUUGAGCUACAAAAGCGUACGUAUUCUCCUACUUUGGAGCUUGUGAAGGGGGAGAAUAGAGGAAGAAUAGGCGUUGAUAAGAUUCCCAACAACAAAAAAAAGAAAAGAAAAGAAAGAGGAAACACCUUAAGGGCGUGUGAGCUAAAGCACUGUGUGUGUUAUUUAACUUGAAUGAUUGUGUGUUUAAAAAAGGAACGCAAAUCAUCGUUCGUAUCGUUCGUGUCUCUUUUGCCCCCUGUUUUGUUGUUGAUGUUGGUUUGGUUUGGAUGAUCGGUGCGAAAUAUUGUCCGUGAAGGACAUACGCGCUACUUUCCACCACACAGUGCGACACAGCGUGACGAAGCUGUCGUGCUGUCAGAGUGCGGUUGUGAUGUGGGCCAAACAUGGGGUUUUUCCUCGCUAUCAUCCAUUCCUAUAUGUAUGUGUGUUUGUGUUAGUUUGUGUCCUCACAGUUCCAUUUGGAUGCUGUGAAUGUGGGAUGAGUGUGAAUAUAAGGGAGAGAAAUCCACUCUUACUGGAUUUUUGCCUGUGUGUGUUUAAGUAUCAGAGAAGCCAUCAUAUCUUUCUCGCGUAUCACUUGCUCUCUCGAUCUCUUCUCUCUCUCUCUCAGUUCAUGGAAAGCUCUCUUACAACAACGUUGCCUAAAGCGGCCAACAGUAGCAGCAGUGGUAGUAGCAGUAAUAAUAGUAAUAGCCAAAAGUAGGGGAACCAUUAGCACAAUUGAUGGCACGAACAAUAGGCACCCUGAAAGGCUAGGCUGUGAAAGUGAUGAUGGCACACUGACGGUCGUGUGUAAGCGCUGCGGUGGGGUAGUUAUGCCCCACUGGAGAACACUGGAGAGUUCCGACGGACGGUUGUGGCACAUUCGCCGUAGUAUUGGCCCGUUGCUGGUGAGCGUCAGCCACUGCUGGUUCACUGCUGAUGCUGCUGACACCAUUCGGGUCGCUUGUUCAUCCCGUACUGGACGGGAUC